CAGAAGAAGUUUAUAUAUAUAACAGAUGCUCAGCUGAGUCAUGGUUUUACUCAAUAUAAGACCUAAGAAUUGAGGUUAGAACAUCAUCACCUUCCAAGAUGUUUCUCUAUAUAGUUCUGGCUUGUCUGCUUGGUUCUGCCUUCUCCCAAAGUUGUGGGCGAAAGCCUGGGAUGCGUAUUGUUGGAGGAGAACAAGCUACACCAAAUUCGUGGCCAUGGCAACUGUCACUCAAAUUUAGAGGAGGUCACAAUUGUGGCGCAACACUGCUGACACCUACAUGGGCCAUCACCGCGGCUCACUGCGUUGCACGUAGCAACAAUCCCCGGGACUACACACUUUCUGCAGGUGCUCACUAUCGACAGAAUCAUGGCGUGACACUACGGGUCGCCAGAAUCAUAACCCACCGUGGAUAUGACAAGAGCCAUCUCAGACAUGACCUCUCUCUCCUCCGUCUUUCGCAACCUGCACGGCUGAACAGCAGGGUACAGACUCUGUGUCUGCCACGACAGAGUGCCCGCGCUAGACCCGGUGGCAGGUGCUACAUUGCAGGAUGGGGCAGAAUYGAUCCCAAUGACCUUUAUAAACCAUCCGACGUGCUGAAACAAGCCUACAUGCCAAUCGUAGACCACAGGACCUGCAUAAGGAGAAAUGGCAACUUUGUUGAUGAGACUACAAUGGUAUGUGUAGGUGGACAGGGUCAUAGUGCAUGUAAUGGUGACAGCGGCGGGCCCUUGAUGUGCGAGGAGAAUGGACGAUGGGUGCUCCGCGGUGUUGCGUCAUGGGUAACCAAACUGACUUGUCCUGGUAACACUUACUCAGUGUACGCUCGUGUCAGUGAACAUGUCAACUGGAUCUACCAGAACAUGAGAGGUUAACCUGCAAAAUACCAAACCGUCCUUCCACAAGAAAAAAGUAACAUGUUAACGAAACUGUUCUUAGCUGAAUAAAAUGUUUAUAGACGAAAAGGCA